ACUUACGGAUCAUUAACACAACUUCUAAUUCUUUAAUUAAUGAAAAUGAAAAGCAGAUCAGAAUAAAUCAUAUGUUUGAAAAUAGAAUUCAAAACAUGACCAGAAAAUUAAAUAAUGUAGCAGAUCAAUUGAAUGACAUAGCAUCAGAAAAUAGAAAAGAUUUUGGAUUGGUAGGUUUACUCUUUUGCUUAGACGAACUUACACAACAGCUAGAAAAUUUAGAAGAAGCUAUUGUUUUGGCCCAACAUGGCAUCCCGAGUAGCAGAAUCAUCACCGCUGCGGAGAUGACGAAGAUCCAAAGUCUCCUGGAAGGAAGUGGUCUCAUCGUAGGAGCCCUAGAUUUCGCUAGUGCUUACGUUGUGUCAUCAAAGGAAUCAAUUGCCUACAUCUUGAAGAUUCCAAGGAUCAAGGAUGCGGAAUAUAGUCUCAACUACAUUGAACCGGUAACAUUCAACAACUCACGUAUUCACAUAUCAACAAACUAUUAUCUGCAAGGACAUACAUCAUUUGCCUUAAAAUCAUUAUGCACGAUGAGCAGAAAUAUUUACAUCUGUUCAAACUCACAACUGGAGCCAAUGACAAGUUGUAUUCAACAGCUGAUGAAAGGUGAGCCAACCCAAUGCCCUAUGGAACGUACAUACACUAACAAUAUCAUUAAAAGAAUCGACGAUUCAAAUAUCAUAAUCAAUGAUGCGGAAGUAACAAUAACUUCGAACUGCUCAUUGAACAACAGAAAACUCAAGGGUUCUUUCCUUGUCCAGUUUUCCAACUGUACAAUUUUUAUCAACGACGAAAUGUACUCAAACGUUAACAAGGAGAUCCGGUUGGCAUCGUUCACACCAACCACGGGAUUGAAGGUAAAUUCUACAGCGCUGGUGAACAAAUUCCCUAUCGAAUAUUUACAGACAUUACAUUUGGAACAACGUGAUCAUAUCGAUCACAUCAACCUAAAGACGGACAAUAUACAUUGGAAGCUCAAGCUCAUCGGGUGGUCAUCGCUUGGUUUUGGCUUGUUAAUAUCAAUCAUUCUUAUCGCAAAGGUAUCAUUCUGGAUCUGGAAAAUGACUGUACCGAGAUCAUCAACAUCCUGUCGGGAGGAACUUCAAGACCAUCGUAGCGAGGAGAUAACAACGGAACCGGAGAGGAGAGAGUACCCGAAGAUUUCAAUGGUGCCGCAGGCGUAACACCAGGACGAAGAAAGCCGAGGACGACUUUCAACCCAGGGGGAAGCCGUUAGGAAAUGCAGCAGGCGCAUCGUGCCACGUUGCGCGCCAAACAGUGGUCAGGUAAUAAAAAUGAUUAGUUAGCAGUUUUAGUCUAUAAAGCAGCUCGCGACAUGCGGCUCGCUCUCUUUUUCAUUCGGUUAGUCGUCGGUGCAGUAAGUCAGGUUAAAUUAGGUGAAAAGUGAAUAAGAAUAACCUUAGUGCUUAGUGAAGUACAGUGCUUUGUGUUUUUUAAAAAGAAAGGAAAGAAAGCUCA